UUCUGCCUUCAGCCAUUUCCAGUCGCACACCAACACCUUGAGAGCCGAAUCUGAUUUACAGGACUCUCGAGGGAACUGUCUUCAUGGUGCGGUUUCAUAACUUUGUUCUUUAUGAUGAAGAAUGUAAGGAUAUUACAUCUGCCACUGCUUUUUGUGUUUGUACACCCCUGCCUCGCUUAUGCAGACUUUGCCCCUCACUUCUACGACAAUGGACCCUACAUCUACAAUGGGAACCUGGCACUGUUUAGCCUCUCGGAGGAUACGGCUGUUGGUACACAGAUCUAUUGCCUCAACGGGACGGACCCUGAGGGGCAGGAUGUGAGGUAUGGUCUUUCCUUUGACCCGGGGGCCAAAGAAUACUUCAGGAUUGACCCCAAAUCUGGAAACAUCACAUUGGUGGAACAGCUGGAUAGAGAAAAACAAGAUUCUAUUGAUGUUCUGGUUAGCAUCACAGAUGGGCAAAGCAGGGUAGUGGAAAGAGUCACAGUAUUUGUAAUGGAUGCAAACGAUGAAAAACCUGAAUUCCAAAACAUGCCAGCAAUAAUUGACGUCCUGGAAACAAUUGAGUCUGGCAUCAGCAUCUACAAAGUAGAAGCAGUGGACAAAGACACGGGCUCCGGAGGCUCAGUCACCUACUUCCUUCAGAAUCCGCAGUCCACUUUGUUUGCCAUUGACAGACAUAGUGGUGUCCUCCGUGUCAGAUCUGGGGAAAUGUUGGACUAUGAAAAGACAAAGACCCACUUCGUCACUGUCAUUGCAAAGGAUGGUGGGGGUAAUUUUAAUGGCAAGGAGCAGUUCAUGUCGUCUUCUGCUACCCUGACGAUCAAUGUGAUCGAUGUACAGGACACGCCGCCAUCUUUUAUCGGGACACCGUAUUUCGGCUAUGUUUAUGAAAUCUCAGUGCCAGGAUCAGAAAUAUUCACUGUUCUUGCCAAAGAUGGAGAUGUGGGAAACCCGAAUCCAAUCCGCUAUUCCUUUGAGGAUGGCGACGAUGGUAUUUUUAGCAUAAAUAAAACAACUGGUUGCAUCACACUACUGACUCCCUCUAAGUAUCUGAAGAGAGAAGUCUUUAACAUUAAGGUCAAGGCCUCUGAAGUAAGUCCUGAAGGCAGACUUAUGGACCACGGGGUGACCACACUGGUGAUCCGUGUGGUGGACCUGAACAACAAUCCCCCCACUUUCUACGGAGAGAACGGCCCUCAGAACAUGUUUGAGUUGACCAUGUAUGAGCAUCCGCCUGAGGGGGAGAUACUCCGGGGGCUGAAAAUCACUGUCAACGACUCCGAUCAGGGCGCCAAUGCUAAAUUUAACCUCAGACUGAUUGGACCAGGAAGGAUGCUGCGAGUCGUCCCGCAGACUGUACUCAAUGAUGCCCAGGUCACAAUCUUAGUAGAAGACUCGGCUGCCAUGGACUAUGAGAAAUACCACUUCCUCACAUACAAGCUACUCGCAGUUGAGAUCGAUACGCCCGAGAGAUUCAGUGCCACAGCGGACAUCGUCAUUCAUCUCCUGGACACAAACGAUAAUGCUCCUAAAUUUUCUUCCGAUUACUACAUCGCCAGAAUUCCAGAAAACUCACCCGGCGGCUCCAAUGUGGUGUCUGUGACGGCAUCAGACCCCGACUCAGGACUUUGGGGAGACGUGAAGUACUCCAUCUAUGGAUCAGGGGCUGACUUGUUCCUGAUCCAGCCCUCAUCUGGGAUCAUGUACACACAGCCGUGGGCAAGCCUGGAUGCGGAGGUGAAGUCCAAGUAUAACUUCUAUGUGAAGGCAGAGGAUGCGGAGGGAAAGUACAGCCUGGCUGAGGUCUUUGUGACUGUGUUGGACCUGAAUGACCACCCGCCCGCAUUCAAUGACAACUUCCUGGAGAAGACGAUGGUGAUUGGAGCACCAGUGAAAAUAGAGGCUGUAGAUGACGAUGCAGAAGUGCCAAACAACGUUAUCGAGUACGCCAUCAUGAAAGCCGAGCCAGACAACAACAUCUUUGAUAUCAACACUGACACGGGGGAGAUCAUGCUCAAGUCCUACAUCAAGUCCAUGGCCAUCAUUCAGAACAUCACCAAGCAGAGGGACUGCACCUGGUCACUGGUGGUGCAGGCUCGGGACCGCGGCCAGCCGUCCUUCAGCACCACGGCGGUCAUCAAGAUCGACAUCACUGAAGCCACCCAACUCAGUGGGGGGCCUUUGGGAUCAUUUUUGAUGCACAAUAGAAACAAGCCAUUGCAAAUCCUAGGCAUGCUUGCUGGUGUCAUUAUUCUCAUGGUCGUAGUCACAGUCGUCAUCUCCACUGCAACAUUCAUGCGCAACAAAAAGUCCAACCGGAUCCUGCCUAACCGCCGUGUGAGAAGGAGGCAACCGAAACAGCCCUGGAACAUCAGAAACCCCUUCAAGGUACUAGAAACUCCCGGAGAGAAAUUCAGAGUGGAAGAGGAAGAGCCGGAGGUCAUCGUGGAGAAUGUCAACUAUAACAACAACGUGACCGAUGUGGUGAGGCAGUGGCCUCCGCCCCCUCGCGCCCCAUCUCUUCCCCCUCCGCCGCCCACUUACAUCCCGGGGGAGAGGCAGUGGGCAGUGCCGAGCGUCUCUGCAACAGUGGCCCCCAAACCGAGAAAGAAGCCGUACAUGAACAGACAGGACACCGUGAACUCAGCGCUGGUCUCAGAGCUCAAGAUGAGACUGGAGCAGAAGAGGCUGCUGAAACAUUGAUAUUGCUCGACACAAAUUAAAAAGUAUAAUUUAUUAGCCGCCCUUGAGCUUUCGUGACUUUUAUCAGCAGAUCCGAUCCGCUCUGUUGCCAUGAAAAUGAGAAUGUUUCCAAUUGGACAUUUGGUGGACAGGUCUCUUCGUCGAUGUUGCGGUAAAGACGAGAUGGCAAAAUAAACUAAAUCUAGAAGCACUGGAAGAGAUGCUAAAUAGACCUUAAAACUGUUUUUUCAACAGAUCUUUUCAAGGUCAAGUAUGAACUGUGGAAUGAUAUGUGUGUGCGUGUUUGUAUCUGCAGGUGUGUGCGUGUGUGUGUGUUUACAGAUAGAUGAAAUACACUGAAACAGCUUAAAUCCUUCUGCAUCAACAACGUGAUUUUCAUGUGGUGGAAAAAAGUUUCAUCAUUUAUCACCGGUCAUUGUUUUCUUUAAGGUUUCUGUGUCAUUCCGUGACAGAUAAAUCUCACCGUUUGAACCAUUUGUUGACACCCUAGUGGCUUAAAGUCCUCUUAUCUCCUGUCGGGAAUGAAGUCAUUCAGAUUCCAACAAGCAAGACAGUUUAUUUGGGAUCCAACCAAGCUCCUUACAAGAGAUUUCAUGACACUUGAAUUAACUAAAGAGAUCAGCCAUGGGGCCCUGAACCAAAGUGAUCGUGCUGGGAAGACCUUUAAUCCUUCUGCACAGGUGUAACUGCACUGGUUGGACUCCUGGUUCAUAGCCGCCAUGAUACGUUUAUUUUCCAAUUGAAAGGGCUGCAUCUAAUUUGUUUACUGAUGUAUUUGUCGUGGUUUAUCGGUUUUAAUUGGUGUCUUUUUGUCAAAGGCGGUUGCUGUUAAAACACCUGUAAGGAUUUUACUACCAAUAAAGAAAGAGCGUAAUUUGUAAUUCAAACAGUUUAUUGAGUACAUCUUAGACAAUUGUACUAAAAGAAAAUGAGUUUUCUCAACGAAUCCCUUUUACUUUGGUAAAUCAAAGUAGAAGUCAGAUUAACGCGUGCAGAGUCGCCCCAGCCAGGGAUAUUCUGUCAUAUUGUAAAUGAAAUGCUGAAGCAGUCCUUUAAUGUUAGUUGGAGGUGAAGUUCAUAUAAUUGCUUUAAACUUUAAGUAAUCAACAACAUUACAUUUGAAUCCAGAGUGUACAUUACACAACUUUAAUGUAUUGCAGUAAACAAAAUCAUCUGAAACGAAGUGGAAGAUCCUUGAAAUUGUAGCAUAGUAUUUUGACUUACUUAUAUGUUCUUUCUACAGUUAAAUUUCAACUUUAGAUGGACAUGCACCUUGUUUAGUGAUAGUAGAGAAAUAUGGUCUUUGGAAACAAAUAUUCGAUUUAGGGUAAAACCGUCCUACCUGCUCACAACCAGCUAUAACUGUCCAGGAUUAAAAUACAAACUAAAUGCUUAGAGGAGCUCUGUUUCCAGUAGAUUACAUCACUAACACCUCCUUAAGGAGCUUGUAAAUAUUCUCUACUGCCGCCUUCUGGAAAACAAAGAGAAGCUGCUGCCACACCUUUUCUUAAAGAUAAAGAUUUUAGAUCACGUUUCCCAAAUCUUCACACAAAAAUGGCAAUGACUAAUGACUUUUGCUGAAUCAAAUUGUUCACCUUGACUGAAUUGUCAUGUACAACAGAAGUACGCAAAUGUUGAGCACUCGAAUAAGAUUCAUGAACCGUAAUAAAAAAUAUUAAGUUUACUGCUGCUGAUCAGAUGUUCUGAAAAGUGCUUAUGCUCUACUUAGCUCCAAUAUCAAUGUGAGCACAACCAAUUAUGAAGUUACACUGAACUACUCACAGGGUAUUUGUGUAGACAUCAUGAGCAAACAUGCACACUGGUUCAAAGUUAUAUAAAACAUGGAAUUUGCAGAUUACCCUCUCUAAUCCAAGGACCAAUUUGUUCAUCUUUGUACAAUAUUGCAUCGUUGGCAAAAACACAGAAGUCCAUCUGCCGUGAUUUAGAUUGGACUGACAGGAUGUGUGUGACUUGCUUUGAACCAGCUGAGCUUAGGGAUUUCUUACUUUCCUUGUUUUUAAAAAAUGUUCCAAAACUCAGAUAAUAGAUACAAAUGUGUAUUGUGUUGGGGGGUUUUCCAGGUCACUACAGUGUGAAAGAUUCUUGAGGAACCGAACCCUAAAUUUGAGGUCAAACUAGUCGCACAUAUAAACAGACAAAGUUUUCAGUUUUGCGAGCUGUUAAUGCUCUCAAAUGAAAUGAGGGAAUAUGAGGAGCAGCCCAAAUGAUCAUGCAUUAUGCCAUGUAAGAGGCAGCCAGGAUUACUGGGCUGUUUGAUAGAGGAUUACAGAGUUAGAGUUGCAAAGAGCAUUGAUGCUUGAAUGGAUGAAUGAAUGACGACUAUAUACAGGGUUCAAACCCCGGGUAUGUAUUGGAAACAGUUUUUACAGUAAAAAGUAAAUAAAACAUUUGCUUUUCUGGA